AUGGAGGAGAUGUCUACUAAUCCAGAAGAAUUAGACAACAGUGGGAGGCUCGAAAGCUUAAGGAAUGAUGGAAAGUUUGAAGGAGCAAGUAAUGCCCACUCAAGGGGUGAUGUUGAUGUGAAUGUCUAUACCGCAAACUACAUCCAAGAUAGUUUUAACAAGAUACAUGAAAGUAUUAAUAAAAUUGAAAGUGAAAAACUCGUAGCAGUAAAUCAAGAGUUAUCAUACCUAAGACAUGUCUUUGAUUAUCAGAACAGCAAAAUCGAAAAAUUGACUGCAUUGAUGUCUGAUUUUUUUGAGAACAAGAAUCAACACGCGAUACUAAGCUCAUUGCAGGCUAUUCAAGACAAUGAAGUUGAGCAGAGCAAUGACGUUCAAAAGCAUGUUCAGCAGCAAGUAGAUCAUCAAGUGGAGGAUGUACAGCGACUGGUUCGAGAUCAAGUAGAGCAGCAGGUUCGAGAUCAGGUACAGCAGCAUAUUCCAGGACAAGAUUUAUCUUCUCAGCCAGUGCAUAUUGAUAGUAAUAUGGACCCUGCGUUACAUGAUGUUGCAGUUGCUGCAGUCGCAGCACAAGCACAGCGUCAUCCAGAGAAAGCUAGGAAAAGAUCUUAUUCAAAGAGAAGAGACACAGACAGCGCUCCCCAUUCAGAUGCGCCAUAUAAUGAUGCUCUUGCAGCUACAAAAAAACCGAAGAUAAACAUAGAUUUUCUUCAUAACCCAAUGACUGUUAAAGAGAUAUAUGACGAGUUCACAAAAGGAUUUCGUGGUCAACCACCUCUCUGCGAAAUGGACAACAAAUAUGGAAAGCAUGAAUGGAGAGGUGAUUCGAGGUCCAAAGAAUCAAAAAGAUAUCAACGACGCAAGAAACUAUGUGAUGCUAUUGCUAGAGGAAUGCAGAAAUAUGACAAACCAGCAGAGGAGAUCAUACGGUAUAUCGAAGAGUUCAGGGGAGAUAAGUCCUUAACAUGGGUGAUGAACGGUAACUUACCCGCAGAUUUGAUAAGCUAA